CUGAGAGGGUAGAAAACAGAGAGAACUGGUGAAGACUAGGAGGGACGUUGCAGGAAGAGACAGAGCAAGACGUUACAUUAGAUAAAGAGACAGCGGAGGACCAGCAUCUUAUAUACAAGGAGGGGUUGUGACCCUAUUUGGCAUUUACAUUAAAGGAAGAAGUAACCGGGCAGUGUUUACAUCACCGGGUGAGAGGUACCGCUGCAGAGGCAGCAGAUAGCAAGUCAUCCAUUCAAUAGAGGGGAAGACGGUCCUGCAGAUCAGCUAGUGCUGGGCAACUCCAUCUGCUGGCAAAGAGAGAUCACCCUGAGAUUGUCAGCCAAUAGGUCUAGAGUUAAUUGACUCGUCAAGAUGAAGUUUGCUAGGUUUCUUUUGAAAAAUGCUGCAUUGGCAAAUGCACCUAAACAAAUUGAGAGGUUCAGCCGCUUUUCCCCAUCACCUCUAUCAAUGAAGCAGUUCAUAGAUUUUGGCUCUGCCAAUGGCUGUGAGAAAACAUCAUUUGUGUUUCUACGACAAGAACUUCCUGUGAGACUGUCGAAUAUCAUGAGAGAGAUCUAUAUAUUGCCUGAUCCUUUGCUUGGAACCCCUUCUGUGCAACUUGUCCAGAGCUGGUAUGUCCAAAGUCUGAUGGAUCUUAUAGAAUUCCUUGAAAAGGACCCAGAUGAUCAGAGAGUGUUGUCUGACUUCACAGAGUCACUCGUGAACAUCAGAAACAGACACAACAAUGUGGUUCCCACAAUGGCACAAGGUGUUAUUGAAUAUAAGGAGGCAUUUGGAGUGGAUCCUGUUACCAAUCAGAAUGUUCAAUACUUCCUGGACCGCUUCUAUAUGAGUCGCAUUUCUAUCAGGAUGCUCAUUAACCAGCACUCUCUUCUUUUUGAUGGUGGUGCCAAUCCAGCCCAUCCUAAACACAUUGGAAGUAUUGAUCCAAACUGUGAUGUCGUUGAAGUUGUACAUGAUGCCUUUGAGAGUGCACGGAUGCUUUGUGACCAGUAUUAUUUGGCUUCUCCCGAACUAAAAAUAAUGCAGACAAAUGGCAAAUCACCUGGGCAGCCUAUUAGCAUGGUUUAUGUUCCUUCUCAUUUAUAUCACAUGCUGUUUGAGCUCUUUAAGAAUGCCAUGCGGGCCACAAUUGAAUAUCAUGAGAACAGUUCUACCCUUCCACCUGUAAAAGUUAAUGUUGUGCUUGGAAAUGAAGACUUAACUAUUAAGAUCGCUGACAAUGGAGGAGGUGUCCCCUUGAGGAAAAUUGAGAGGCUGUUCAGCUAUAUGUAUUCUACUGCCCCCAGACCCAUGAUAGACAAUUCACGCAACGCUCCUUUGGCUGGAUUUGGGUACGGUUUGCCAAUUUCCCGACUGUAUGCUAGAUAUUUCCAAGGAGAUUUAAUGCUUCAUUCAAUGGAAGGCUUUGGGACAGAUGCUGUUAUUUACUUAAAGGCACUGUCAUCUGAGUCUAUUGAGCGGUUACCAGUUUUCAACAAGUCAGCCUGGAAGCAUUACAAGUUCAGCACAGAAGCAGAUGACUGGUGUAUUCCAAGUAGCGAACCAAAGAACAUGGCGAGGUAGAAUCCAUGCCAACACUUUCCAAGAGGCUGGAAAGGGAUCAAGCACUCAUUAAUCAGGACCACUAGCUGCAGGUGUUACCUUGCUCCUGAGCAAUAGGCAAUUUGUACUGUGCUAGAGCUGGCCAGAGAUAUGCAGCACGGAGAGCAAGUCAAUCACCGUCAUCUGACGAUGCAAACUCAUUAGCUAGAACCUGAAAUGGUUGUACACUUCCUCUAGACUUCAGCUUUAAUAUUUGGUGCAUCACUGCAUAAGGACAUAUUACAAAUGAUGUGAGCCAUUGUUCAUUCAUAAACUCUAGAAUGGGAAUUUGCUUAUAGAAUGCUGAAAAAUGAAGUUGGAUUCAGAGCAUUUUUAUGUGUGUAAAAAGGUGAUUGACAAGAUGACUUCUUUACUGUUACUAAACGCUGUAUCAGUUUAACCACUAUGAUGUGGUGAUUUGUAUUUUUUAAUUGAGAUGAUUUCGUCAUGCUUGAAAAUGUUAUCCACAUCGUAGCCAGUGUUCUUUAACUAUUUUAAAGAUUUCGGGAAUCGCUUCCUUUCUGUAUUAAAACCUGAAUAACUUUCCUUCUUCACUGCCAAAAAAAAAAAUGCAAGAAAAAUGCAAUUUUGUUUUCACAACAAAUACCUGAGGUAAAUAAUUUCAGGUACUGCAAGUAAUAUUGACUGAACGAACACUAUGCUUCUACUGUGAUUUUUUUUUUUUUUUUUUUUUUUCUUUCAGUAAAUCAGAUGUAAAAAUGAAGCAAUAUUCAAAUUAUAUUUGAUAUCCUCAAACCAGCAAUAUUUACAUAUUUCAAAUUUUAAUUUUAAAUUUGUAUAUAUAUGUUUAAAGGGGACGCUGGAAACUAAAUGUUACAUUUGCACUUGAAAAUAUGUAGAAUAUAGUGUGCAUGAUGGUGAUAUGUUAGGCAAUAUUCCAAAGGUUCAGCUUUACAGAUCAUGUGAGGUAUCAUUACAGAUGGCGACUUUAAAAUCAAGUUAAAGGCAAGUUUGUAAGUGGUUUCAUUGCAGAUGUAUGAAGGGCUGGUGCAUAAAACCUCAAUGCUGGGACUUCAGAUGAACAGUAUAUGAUGGGAUGUUUUAUCUUAAUGAUGUAAAGAGUUGUGUAUGUUGUAAAUGCUUACAAUAUGUGAGACAGGCAGUUCUGCUCCACAAAACCAAAAUGGAUCCAUAUUUGAAGAUCAGCCUUUUACCCAACAGUAAUACAAGGCAAAAGAAUGAUCUAAUCCAGUGUAAGCAAAAUAUAUAUUGAAAGCAUGUCUGUUGUAACAGUAAAUUAUAUAUAAUCUCAGGACAUUGGGUAACAUAGCGUUUCCAGUGCCCCUUUAACUACCUAAAAGCUAGGUAUUUGUGUGCAAUUCACACUAUAGCACUGCCCAAAUUAUAGCUUUCAUUUGCAUACUACCCAAUCUGCCAUGGUUUAAAUUUUUCACAUUUAUACAAUGUAAAAAUUCAUGGCUUCCAUUUUAUUGCAGUUUGUCAGCUCUUACUAAUUCACUAAUUAGUGCCCUCUCUUCUAGUAAUCUGAUAUCAAAAUGUCUACUAUCUAUCUUUAAAAGGCUUAUUUAAGGUCCCCAUGAUGCAAGUAAAGUCAAUGGCAUUGUAUUUAAAGUAAAGGUCAAGUUACAAGCAUAGCCUCAUGGUGUUGCAUAGACUUAUCAAAAUGAGCAGGAAUUUAAGUCAUGAUUUUUUUUAAUUCUAUUUAUUUUCUUAUAUUUUUACCUUUAAACUACUCCGCCGAUAAGCCCAGCACUCCUGCCCGCCAUCUUGUCUAAUUGAUUGACAGAUGACGUAUCCUAAACCAACUAAUCCUUGUUUCCCUCCGGGGCGUUCAGUCCCUUUGAGUAAACGUCACGGCCUGGGGGAAACGAGGAUUAGUUGGUUUAGGAUACGUCAUCUAACAAGAUGGCGGGUGGGAGUGUUGUGCUUAUCGGCGGAGCAGUUUAAAGGUAAAAAUGUAAGAAAAUAAUUAGAUUUAAAAAAAUCAUGACUUAAACUCCUGCUCAUUUUGAUGUCUAUGCAAUGCUGUGAGGCUGUGCUUGUAACUUUACCUUCACUUUAAGAAGGUGAUGCAGACAGGAAGCAUAUAGAAAAAAAACUUACUGUAUUUCAGUGUUGAAAUGAGGAGCUUCCAUAAGUUUUCUGUAUGCAAUAUUUUCACUGUUAUAACAUAGCUGGAAUUAAUGUGGCAUUAUAAUGUAUAUUGACAUAAAAGUCUGAUUGUAAACAUCUCUAACCUCAAGGGAGUGUGUUUAUAUUGCAUGUUAACAAAGUUCUUCUUGGUCGUUACUAACAAUGUUGCAGUCAUAGUUCUGCAAAGUCAUAAAGCCUAGGAAUAAAUGUCAUUCAAUGGCCGCGGGUCACACCUGGCUGUAGUAAUUGUGUUUGUUAAAUCAUUCAAUUCACCAGUUUGAGAAUUUAUUAGACUCUUUUCUAAAUCCAGGAAAGCAGCAGUUUUAACUAAGAAAUAUUUACCUUCAAAACCUAUUUCCAUCAGUUGGUUCCUAGAGCAAUGUGCAGUAUGUUGCAUAGCAACCUGUUGAUACCUUUUCUGGAGGCAGUGAGGUUAAAUGUGUUUAACCAUAAUUUAUGAUCCAAUGCAUCUAUUAACUAUAUACCUUUUUAUCAAAGCAACUUGUGCCAAAGCAUUCAGAUUUACUAUAAAUUCCAUAAACUCUGAAAACAGAUUGUAGUAGCAAUGUAUGCUAUUUCCUAUGCCUGUUCAUGAAAAAGUGCAAUAUUAGACAAUGAUGAUUACGUACUAUCGAUUAGCGCAGGAAGCAAGUCAUUUAUAUCUCACAAAAAUCCAUUUUUUUUUUAGCAGAAGUCUUCACACAAGUCUGUAACAACAAUAUAUAUAUAUGCCUCGAAUAUCCUCAGUCUCUCAGUUCUUUUAAAAGUGUGUAAAAAGUAAAUAUUAUUUAUGAGAAGUUUAACAUUUUAGCUGAUAAGCCUCCAUCUUGCAUAGUGUGAUGCAUUUUUUUGUAGAUAAUGUGUUUUUGUGUUGUAAAUUUUGCUUUUACGUGUAUUGUUGCAAUGAUCAUAUUGAUUACCAUUAGGCAUUAAAAGAUCUGUAUAUUUUUA